AUGCAGUCAGGACCCACCACAAUUUGAUCCAAGCGAGGAAGGGUUAUCACCACCUUGGCACUAGAGGAGGACCCAGGACCUUUCCCCAAGCCUGCUGGUGAGCUGUUCAAUAAUAUGUUUUAUAACAUGUCAUUAAUGUAUUUGAUCAGUGGAUCCGGUGUGGAUGAAUAUCCAGAGAUUGGGUUGUUUUCUAUGGAAGGUGAUAACAAUGGAAAAAUACAUGUUCACCAUCCUGUUGAUUGAGAGACACUAACAUCUUUUAUGGUACCGUUCAAUGUUGUGAAUCGCUUUACAGGAAAAGUCAUGGACAAAUCAGUUCGGGUCAGCGAUGUGAAUGGUCACGCACCCCGGUUCCCGGAGAAGGAAUUCAGCGUGAAUGUGCGAGAGAGGCACGCGGAAGGUCAACCUGUUUGUCAGAUGCUAACAACUGAUUUGGAUCAAGAAGAUAUACCAAAUUCUCAAGUCCUUUAUUUCCUUGUUCCUCAAACCCUGUUACUGAAAGAAAGUGGGUUUCAGAUUGACCAUAUUAGUGGAGAAAUACGACUCUCAAUUACUUAGAUUAUGAGGUCAUGUGGAUUUUAUCAUCUCAAAGAAAUGAAAGGUUUCACACUACUAAUUGGAGCAAGGGAUUUUGGAGAACCGCCAUCGUCAUCCACAGCCACGGUGCAUGUUAACGUGCAAGAUGGCAGCACCUGCUUGCCCACACUCACCCAGGAGAACUAUGAGAUCCAAAUCUCUGAAGGCUGAGUCAGCCAGGGUGUGCCCUCUCCGGUCCAAGAUGGUGAUUCACCAUUUAUGUCAGCUUGGAGAGUAAAAUUCAAAAUACUGAAUGGCAAUGAAGAGGGACAUUUUGACAUUUUGACUGACCCUGAGGCCAGCGAAGGGAUCAUAAAUGUUAUCAAGCCUUUGGAUCAUGAAGCUCCCCCAGGGCAGAGCCGUGCCAGCCUGGAGAACGAGGCGCCGCUCUUCUCCCGUGAGGGGGCUGAGCUGCAGGUUCCAGGGAGGGCAGUGGCAGGUGCCGCCGUGAGUGUGCACGUGACAGAUGCCAUCGCCCCACCGGCCUUCCACCCCACAAACUUCAUCGUCAGUGAAGUUGAUGGCGCUGGGCCUGGAAUUCAGUUGGGAAUUUUUAAUGCUACGGAUCCAGACAGAAGUGCCAGCCAGCUCAGAUAUAAAGAGCUUCACGAUCCAGCAAAUGGGGUCAAUGUAGAUGAAGGCUCAGGAACGGUUGCCACCAGGAAGCAGACUGACCGAGAAUCCCCUUAUGUAAAUGAUAAUUUUUACAUAAUCAUUGUUCAUGCUAUUGAUGAUGGCCUCCCACUGCAGACUGGGCUGGGGACCCUGAUGCUUUUCCUGCCAGACAUCAAUGACAAUGCCCCAGCUCUCUGUUCUGGGUCUCGGUACCUGGAGGUCUGUGAGUCUGCAGUGAGUCUGCAGGAGCCCCUUCUCAUCACUGUGGCAGAUGGUGACCUGGAGCCCUAUUUGGACCUGUUUACAUUUGAAUUGGCCAAUACCUGGGGAAAUGUGGAAGACACAUGGAAACUGGGGGAAAAUCGGGGUGAGUGCCAGUCAGUUGAACUUUUCAUGCUGAGGAGCCUCCCACGAGGUAAUUCCAUCAGAGACAGACAGGGCCUUUCCCAGAAGCAGACUGUCCACGCGAGGGUCUGUUCUGUCCCGGGUGCAGCGCUCAUGGUCCUGGCUGGUCAGUGGGCUGUGGGGCUCUCCCGGGGGUGCGGCUCAGACUGUAAGCCAGGGUGCAGAGUCCUUGGGGGCGGGGAGCAGGUGAUGGCAGGGGUCUGUGCUAACAACAUGAUCCUGCCGAAACCUCCAAUGCAGAGGGCUUUGCUCAACUCGCUUCCCCCUUUGCCCUGUCGUAGCAGUCCUUCUCUUACGGCUGCGAUGCGGUUUUGUGUCUGCAGCCAAGAGGCACAGAUGCUCUGCCUGACUGAGGAAGGCCAGCAGGCCCUGGUCACGUACAGUGACGAGAGCAAGGCCAUCUCAGCCCAGGCAGCAUGGCCAUGUGCAGUGGGUUCCAGGACGAUGACGACAGUGGUGUUUGCACAUCCCGUUUUCACUCCUUGGUCCCCAGUCGUGUCUUCACCCUCAUGCAUAUUAGAGCAGCAAAUGGGGAAACACUUCCUGCAAAAAUUGUCCAACUCACCUAAAUUGAUACAUUGUUUUAUGUCAGUGGUUCUCAACUGGGGACUAUUGUACACACCACCCCCGUGUGCUGAGGGUGUUUGGUGCAUCCUGUGCUCUGGCUCAGACUCACUUCAUCGAACACUGCUGUUGAUUCUGCCCGUCUUGUCAUGUUCUGCCGCUGGACGCCUCCUGAUCGACAUGCUCUGCAAGACGGCCCAGGGAAUGUCGGAUGGCAAGGAUUGGAUACCAGCCCUGUUGAUUGGCACAGCUGAGGUGGGCGCCCAGCUGGGUGCAAAGUAUGGCAUCAAGGUGUCCCUCAAAUGUGACCUGGAGAAAACGGAUGGUGCGUGGAGAAGCCGGCGUCUAUCUUCUCUUGCUCUGGCCUUUCCCCGGCUCCGUGAUGCUGACGUGCUCGGGGAUGGCACGGGCCACCUGCCUCAUGUCUACACCGAGGAGGGAGAGCGUGGAGCAGAGACCCUCCGUCCCAUCACCUCCUCUGAGCAGGAAAUGUCGCCUGACUUGCUGGACAGUUUGGGUUCAAAGAAUGUUCCACUUGAAGAAAUGUAUUCGGAGUCAGGCGUUCCUUCCUAGAUAAUGCGUAUUUUGGGGAAUUGAAACAAUUCAUGGAGGGCGAACCAUAUUCACGGGAUUUUUUUUUUCCUUUUAAAAAACAUUUCCUCAUAGUCCACAGAUGAGAAUAAACUGUGAGUCUGGAGUAAAUGUUUGAUAUUCUCAGACCGACACCUUGAGCCAAAGCAAGAUAGCAGGCUAUACUCUUUAAAAAUUUGAUUUGCGGAUAGAUUUUCUAAAGAAACUUGAACUUAAUUGUGGGAUUCCUUGCUGCCAUCAGCAACCCUGCUUUGAGGGUAAAUGAAAACAUAAUCCAUAGAUUACCCAGCAAUUUGGCAGAAACAGGUAAUACUGGGGAAAAGUGAAAAUAGAUUCUUUUAGUGAUUAUUUACAUUCCUACAAUUAUAAUUCUACUUCAGUUUAAGUGAAAGAACUUUUGUGAUCAGUAUUUUUAGUGAUUAUUAAAAAAAUAUUGAUUGCUUUUCACUUUUUGAGUAGAUAAGUAAAUAAAAUCUUAUGAGAGAAAUGAUUAUGCUUAAAACUUUAUAAGCAGUAUAUGCUUUAAAAAUGAAUGCACAUAAUUUAACUUACUGGUAUUAUAUAAGUGAAAGAAUUUAGUAGACUUUGAAUGAAUAAAUUCCAUUGGGUUCUAUCUUUAAAGAAAACCACACACUUUAUUUUUUUAAUUGUCUAAUUAUUGCUAGUGGAAAUGUGGGGGAGGGGUAGUUUCUUUUAAAAAUCUUUAAAAAGUUUAAGUAGUAGGACAUGUGCCCUAUAAAUAAUUUUCUUUCUGAGUAAUAGAUCAGAGACUGGCUAAGCAACAUUUUAAAUGUUAUCAUCAGGAAAAUUUAAUGUGUAUAUUGGAUAUCUCAAAGUCUAUGGCCAAAUUCUAAAAAAAUUAUGUGAUUAAUGAACAUAAUCUUUUGUGAGUGCCCUCUUGGGCGGGCCCCAGAUAAAUCAGGAGAAACAUACAUUUGCUGUUGAACCAGUGAAGUGUAAUAUUAAACAGUAAGUUUUAGCUGACUCACAAUUAAAACGUUCCUCUUCUUUCUGGAGAAGCUGUACACAUAUUUAUUUUAAAGGGAUCUCAAGUGUUUGUACAUAGUUUGUACGUCGUUUAUACACGUAUAUAUCUGGUGCUUUGGGGAACUGAGAAAGAUAAAAACCCUCUCCAAAGCCCUGGAAUGUCAGUCUGACACACGGAUGUGCAGGCAGCGUGCUCAAGCUGGAAUGAUCCAGAAGAGAGUCUAGGAAGUUUUCUGAGCAGUUCAGGAUAAAAGUAAUUUUUUAGAAAAGUAUACUUUUUGAGUCUGAUUGUUGGCAGGGAUCCGUAGGUGAUCAUUAGACCUUCCAGGAUAUGAGGCAGGGGUCAGAAAACGAUGGCUGAUGGGUGGAUGUGGCCCACCAUUUGCACUUGCAUAUAAAGCUUUAUUGGCACACAGUUAUGCUUAUAUGUUGUUUAAUGUGUUGUCUAUUAUUGCUUUUUGAGCUGCCACAGCAGAGCUAAGUGUCACAACAGAGACUGUAUGGUCCACAAAACCAAACAUAUUUACUCUCUGGACCUUUACAGAAAAAAGCAUGCCAAUCCCUUGCUGAAGGCAUUCUUUUUAGAAAUUCCACAUGGUCUCAAACAUAUGAAGAUGUAACCACACCUUGCAUUAAAAACAAACCCAUUGCCAGAGUGAAACAAAUUUUGGAAGGUUUUAAAUAAGU